GUCAGUUUGACGAGGCGCAUACAGCUGGAGAUAAUUUUCAUAAGCCGCCGUCAUGACGACCGACGACGUAUCGGCUCGCGACGUCGUGCGAAUUCUCGUAAAAAAUGUGAACAUUCUCAAGUCGGAAGGUCGCAGUCCGGAUGUCUCUCUUGAUUUCCGCGACAAGUUCGAAUUGUUUGGUAAACUGUCGUGUAGCCUGACGGAUAAGCUCCAGUCACUGUUGUAUUUAUCCGAGAAUUACGUAUGCGCGAGCGACUUUAAGCUAUUCAUAAGCGAGAUUGUCGGUUCGUGGAGCUCUAUUAACAAACAGGUUCGUGAAAAAUGUUCCAAGAUUCAUGUGGGCAGUCGCUCGCUAUCUGGGACACCGUUAUCGGAGCUCCUUAAAAAGAUAAAGAGAGAGAGAUCUUUAACAAGGGAACUGUUGCACGUUCGCGAGGCUGAAUACAGUCGUGAAUAUCUCGCCAAGUGUUACGUUUUGUUAAAUGAAAUCGAAGAGCUAAUACGCAAUCUCGAAAGAUCCGACGAUAAGUUACAGCAAUACAUAGCUAUAUUGAAGUUGAAUCCAUUCCUUGUUAAGCUAGUGUCAGUUAUAGACGAGUACGUCUCGAGCAUUGAGAUAUCGCCGAUCGACAGGUCCAUGUGUCCAAAGCUGGACGUUUUCCCAGUUGUCGCGAAACUUCUCACCGGCGAAUUAUUGGACGACGAGCCCAUGGACCCGUCUCGCGUUCUAGCGGAUAACGUGCCCAGGAAGCCAGUGUUCAUCAUUAAGAUAAAACGCAGAGUGGACGUUCCGUCGAUGGCGGCCGUGGAAAACGAUGUAAAAGCGCAAAAUCACGCGUUACAGUGCAAGAGUGAGAAUAAUGUUAUAUAAACAAUAUGUAUAAUAAAUAUUUUGUAUUUCAGUAA